GAUACCAGUAUUUACAGACUAUUGCAAUGUUCUUUUCCAACUUCAGUAUUUUGAGAAGAAGUAUAUAUGUUAGUCUUACUUUUACUGGCUGGUAGCAAUCACUGUCAUGAGUCUAUGACAGUUUGUAGAGUAAAGCAGGGGCAGACUGACAACUCAUGGGGCCCCCGGGCAAUAGGGGAUCAUGGGGCCCCUGUGUCCUUGCCCAAACCCAAAAAAGCCUAUGAAAAAGGUACCGGGGCAUCUCAUGGGGCCCCCUACUGACCCCGGCCCUCGGGCAGUCC